AGCGCCGGAGUGGAUGCGUCGCCAGCGCAAAGCCAGGCGAAGACACACGAUGGAACUGAAACCCCUUCUCAAGAAACUGGUCUCCAUACUCCGGGCCGUCUUCACGUUCGUCUUCGCGCUGAUCGUCCUCAGCGUGAUGGUGUGGGCCUACGUCAAAGGGUACCAGCUGGCCACCUCCAUGCACGACAUCAUCUCCUUUGGCUUUUAUGGCCUGCUGCUCUCGCUCCACGUGCUGGUCCAGAGCCUCUUCGCCUUCAUCGAGCAACUGCGGAUGAAGAGACGCAAUAAACCGUGCGCCUUCACCAAGACCAUCGGCUUCACCAUCUCGGCCUACCAGGAGGACCCCGUCUACCUCAGAGAGUGCCUCAACUCCGUCCGGGCCCUGCAGUACCCGUCCGAACUGCUGCGGAUCAUCAUGGUGGUGGACGGCAACAGCGACGACGACCGCUACAUGAUGGAGAUGUUCAGGGAGGUGUUCGCUGACCGGGACCCCGCGUGUUACGUGUGGGACAACAACUACCACACGUGGGACCCCACUCAGGUCCAGCAGGACGCGGAGAUGGGUUCCGCGGGACUGGGAGGGUUUGGGGAGAACUAUAUUAUAGGAGAGGACCCCCAGCGAAAGGAAGUGGAGCACCUGAUCCAGACUAAAUCCUGCGUGUGCAUCAUGCAGAGGUGGGGCGGCAAGAGGGAGGUGAUGUACACCGCCUUCAAGGCCCUCGGAUCUUCAGUCGACUACAUCCAGGUGUGCGACUCGGACACCAAGCUGGACUCGCUGGCCACGGUGGAGCUGUGCAAGGUGCUGGAGAGUAACAGCAAGUACGGCGCAGUCGGCGGGGACGUGAUGAUCCUCAACAUGAAGGACUCGUACAUCAGCUUCAUGAGCAGCCUCCGCUACUGGAUGGCCUUCAACAUCGAGCGCUCUUGCCAGUCCUUCUUCAACUGCGUCUCCUGCAUCAGCGGACCUCUGGGCCUCUACAGGAAUGAUCUUCUUCAGGCCUUUCUGGAAUCUUGGUACAAUCAAAAGUUUUUGGGGACUCACUGCACCUUUGGAGAUGACAGACAUCUUACCAACCGCAUGCUGAGCAUGGGAUACGCCACCAAAUACACGUCUCGCUCCAAAUGCUACACGGAGACGCCGGCUCAGUUCCUGCGCUGGCUCAACCAGCAGACCCGCUGGACGAAGUCCUACUUCCGCGAGUGGCUCUUCAACGCCAUGUGGUGGCACAAGCACCACCUGUGGAUGACCUACGAGUCCAUCGUCUCGGGGAUUUUCCCUUUCUUCGUCACGGCCACCAUCAUCCAGCUGUUCUGGAAGGGCUCGCUGUGGGACAUCCUGUGGGUGCUGUGCUGCAUCCAGCUGAUCGGGCUGGUGAAAGCGACUUACGCCUGCAUCCUGCGGCGGGACCCGGUGAUGGUGUUCAUGUCGCUUUACUCGGCUCUGUACAUGACCAGCCUGCUGCCGGCCAAGUACUUCGCCAUCAUCACCAUGAACAAGAGCAGCUGGGGGACGUCGGGCCGGCGUAAGAUUGUGGGUAACUACAUGCCGCUGCUCCCCCUGUCGGUGUGGGCCGCCAUUUUAUUGUCGGGACUGGUUUACACGAUCCACAGAGAGAGCGCCGUCGACUGGUUUACCCAACCGAAGAGACUGGAAACGAAGUUUCUGGUCUUUGGCUGCGUAGUCUACUUGUGUUACUGGCUGAUCAUGGUCGCUUUAUACUGGGUGUGGUUCCGCAGGUCAUGUCGGCCGCGCGCCAAAUGUUACACGUUGAAGGUGUAGCGCCGCAGCGCUCAGCGACGUCCCGCUGAGUUAAUUUAUUACGCGUUAGCUAUUUGAAAUUUUAAAUUAAUGUAUUUAUUUUGUCUCCAAUCUCAGGAUAAUGAAGGGAUUUCCAUGCAGCUGCUAAAACCAACCGAGUGAGUGAACCAAGUAUUGAUUAGUGUGAGGAAGGACCGUGUUGUUGCACAUUGAAAUGAAACUGUACUGAGGGCCUUUUGGGCCUAUGCACUUAAAUAAGAGAGACACAUUUCAUAUAGCAAAAGAAAUCUUGUACAUACGGGGUCUUGGGGUAUUGCGUGUCGUUGAAAUAUUUAUGUGAAACGUGUUUGUAUAUAUAUGUGAAUAUCUGUAAGAACCAAACCAACCACCACUUUGGUUGUUGCACUGGAGUUCCGAGGGUACUUUUCUCCAGGGUCGCACACUUGAAAAUAUGCAAGGUGUCUCCUUACGCGUACGUGUACGUAUGCUUCGAACAACCUUUCUUCCUUUGGAAUCCCCUUUUGUUAAAAAUCGUGGGAUUUGUGAUGUGAGAAAAAGGGAGGCCACCUGGCUCCCGGAGACCUUCACGGAAACUUCUGAGCCAAAACACUGAGUUCCUGAUAAGAGACCACUCCCACGCUCUGAGGGACCGACAUCAUUUUUUUGCUAUUUGUUCCACGGACGCGUGUAUCAGGCGUGCACCACCUCCAACUGCAUGAAAUAAAACUAUUUAUAUGCAUGUACUGAGACUUCAUUUUAUCGAUAAUUGGCAUUGCACAUCAAAUGAACGAAUUGAC